CUAGUAUACCAGUUGCAUACACAUGAGGACUAUGUUGGAAUAACAUUGAUUUUAUACAGCUGUGCGCUCUUCUCCGCGCCUGCAUGCCUUCGUGGCACAGUGGUUUUGCCUGUGGAUCAAAGAGUUUGUGGCAGACAAGUCGACGUUCGAAUCCGUAGGUGAAAUCUUGACUCAUGUCAAGUACAGGGGUGUGCACCCACUGUGGGUGUACGGAGAUUGACAAGGAUCCGGCGAGGGGUGACGCUGUCUGUACAAACUGUGGCUCUGUUUUGGAGGAUCAGAUAAUUGUGUCUGAAAUCCAGUUUGAGGAGCAUGCUACUGGGGCGUCUUCAGUGAUCGGACAGUUUGUCUCUACUGAUGGCUCCAAAUCACACUCUUUAGGUAUCAGUUUUCCUCAUGGAAUGAAAAGAGAAUCUCGAACAGUUACAUUUGAUAAUGGUCGAAAACGAAUUCAACAGCUUGGAGUUCAGUUGAAAUUGAAUCAGCACUGCAUCGAUACAGCUUUCAACUUUUUCAAGAUGGCUGUAAACAGACGAAUGACACAGGGUAGAAAAACAACUCAUGUCAUAGCAGCCUGUUUGUACAUUGUGUGUCGAACAGAAGGCACACCUCAUAUGCUGCUGGAUAUAAGUGACCAGUUACAGAUAAAUGUAUACAGUUUAGGAAAAACCUACCUCCAGCUCUCCAGAGCUCUGUGUAUCAACAUCCCUGCUAUAGAUCCCUGUUUGUAUAUUCCACGAUUUGCACACAAGCUGGAGUUCGGUGAGAAAACGCAUGAGGUUUCCAUGACUGCACUUCGUCUUGUAUCUCGGAUGAAGCGAGACUGGAUGCACACAGGGAGAAGACCCUCUGGACUAUGUGGUGCAGCUCUUCUUGUGGCAGCUAGAAUGCAUGAUUUUUCAAGAAGUGUUAAAGACUUAAUAAAGAUUGUUAAAGUGUGUGAUACCACCAUUAGGAAAAGAUUGACAGAGUUUAAAAACACUCCCUCAAGUCAGCUGACAAUAGAGGAAUUUCAGACUAUUGAUCUAGAAGAGGAACAGGACCCCCCUUCUUAUACAGAGGGGAAAGCCAAAGCACUGAAGGCAAAACAGCUACAGAUUGAACAGGCCAUGUUUCCACAAAUUGAAUCAGAAAUGUCUGACCUCCAAAAAGAAAUAGAAGAGGGCUUGGUUCCUGCUAAACCUCGAGGAAUCUGGGCAGCCUAUGCAAAUGCCUCCAGUUCAGCAGAUCUGAGUGGAGAAAACUCACGCGCCAGCUCGCCUGACAUGGCUGACAGCGAGAUAAAGAAUGUCAGUGAUUUCUUAGAAAAUGAGACUCUGAAACCGUGCCUGGACGAAGAGGACCUCGUUAUCAAAGAAAAACCUCCAAAUCAGGAGGCAAUAAUGAUGGAGAAGAAACCGCUGCAGGAAAAUAUAGGAAUGAUUGACGUCGUCAAAAAAUGUGUUGACAAAGAGGAGGUGGAAGUAGAUACAGAGAAGACAGUGGAUGGGGAGUUAGAUCUGACAGGGAUUGAUGACGAGGAGUUAGAGAAGCAAUUUGUGUUAACUGAGGAGGAGAUCAAAUUGAAAACAACUUUGUGGAUGGCGGAGAACAAAGACUACCUCAUUGCUUUGAAAGAGAAGGAGGAGAGAUUGGCUAAAGAGAAGGAAGAGGAGGCAAAAAACCCAGAGAAAAAGAAACCUAAAAGAACUCGAAAGAAAAGAGUUCCCAUUCAGGCCGCAACAGCUGAAGAGGCUAUAUAUAAACUGAUCCACGAGAAGAAGAUCUCCAACAAGAUCAAUUAUGACGUCCUCAAUGACUUAAAGUGCCAAUCAGGUCCCUCCCACGCACCCCUCACAACCCUCACAACCCCUAAAGUAGAGGACACAACCACUGACAACCCAGAAAAGAAAACUAUGCCAAGUACUGUCAAGAAAGAAACGGAGGAACCAGAAAAGAAGAGAAUGAAGGUGGAGAAGGAUGAGGACUCGGAUGCUGGAGUCAGAGAGGGGGAGACAGCGGCAGUGGUGGUGGAACACGGGCCAGUUCAGUACAUCCAGAAUCUCACAGAGGAGGAAGCCAAUCUAGAGGAGGAGGAAGAGGAGGAGUUUUAUGAUGAAGAUGAACCUGUCAGUGCAGCCAAACUUCUGGGUCAUGAUCAAGUUCAAGACUAUGAGGACUUGUACGAUGAUGACUGAUGGCACAGUCUUAACAGAGAGAAAUCCACAUCUUCUACUGCCAAAGGCCAGCAACUCCUAUCAAACCAAAUCUAUGGGAAUAAGACAGCUGAGAAAGAUGGAACUACAAUUACUAUUUGGCCCUGUGUUUCCAUUUGUAUAAAAAGGGAAUGAGCCAUAAUAGAUAUUUUGAUACUGCAAAUUACAGCUGUUUCAAAAUUUAAUUUUUUAACAUUUGUGUAGUUGUUAUAGAAUAAGAAGAUCGAAUGACAUUUGAAGAUAACAUUAUUCAUAGAUGAUUUGAUAUGUCAACAUUGUACAGAUUUACAAUAAGAUGCUUGUCAAAGAAUUUAAUAUACAUUUCUCUUGCAACUACUUUAAGCAUCAAAUCUGAAUGUCAGUAAUUUAUUUCCCCUCUCUAGUAGCUUAACAGAAAAUGUCUUUUCUGCUAUGGAAUGGUGUUGAUCCUUUCGUUCUUCUUAUACUGAUCUAUAGACAAGAUGAAGUGCAAUAAAAGCUGAUGAAUAGACUUUGUUGAAAUAAAAUGUUUAUAAUGGACAA